AGCCCGGGAGGGUGGCCGCGGUGGACAGGGCCCUUCCGCCCGGGUACCGAGGUGGACCGAUGUCCUCUGUCCCCGCGGCCUGGGGAUGUUGCGAGGAUUCUUGGACCGCGCUGGCUCUCCUGAGCUUCGUUCCCCUUCGCUCUGCCCUGCUCUUCGGGGUCGCGGCACCGUCCAGGCCCGCUGGGCAGAGUAACCGGACAGGACCGCAGGGACUUCCACACAGGUCACGGCAGUGGCGAUAGGGGCCUGAACGCGCCCGUACUCCCCAGGAUAGACUUCCCAGAAAUGGUGGUCUUUCCGCUGCUCCCAAGGCUGACUGGGGUGAACUUUGGGCAGAGGGCAAGUUCAAGCCAAGGCCCCUGAGAUGCAGGUGAGGGCUGAGGCUGAGGGGAUCCAACAGCAGAGCACUAGGACCAGACAUCUCAGCGAUGACCAGUUCCCCUGUCUCCAGAGUUGUCUACAACGGCAAGAGGAACAGCAGCCCCCGCUCUCCCACCAACAGCAGUGAGAUCUUCACGCCAGCCCACGAGGAGAAUGUACGCUUCAUUUACGAAGCCUGGCAGGGUGUGGAGCGAGACCUGCGCAGCCAGCUGUCAGGUGGUGAGCGGGGCCUGGUGGAGGAGUACGUGGAGAAGGUCCCCAACCCUGGCCUGAAGACCUUCAAGCCCAUCGACCUAAGUGACCUGAAGCGCCGGAACACGCAGGACACCAAGAAACCCUAAAGUGCCCAGUGCCCCUCCCCGGCCUGCAGAAGAUCGGGGUCACUGGAUGUUGGUUUCCCCCUGUCCUAUGGGCCCUGCUCCUGGGAAGGGGGAAGCGCUGUGCUCCAGUGGGCACAAACCUCAGGGCCGGCAGGAUUGGUGGCCGAGGCCUGCCCUUCCUCCCUGCGUCCCUCCUUCCCUGGCCCUGGAGGGGGCUGCAGCCCUGUCCGGCCCUGACCUUCAUCUUUGCCCCCAAACAGUUCCUGACCCCAGCCCCUCUCUUGUCACCUGCCUUGUCCCCCAUCUUGCUGUUCCUGCCUACACCCUGUCAGGAUCAGGAGGGGCAGGGCCUCUGCUUCUCAGCUGGUGGGACUGACUGGUUUGUCCUGGAGAUGACCAGGAAGUAGGGCAAGUGCAGCCCCACCUGCAUCCAGCUUGGGUUCCCAGACCCUUGCUGCUCCUCUGGCUUAAAGACUUGGGGAGCUUCUCCCUUCAUCCUCACUGUCCAGACUGCCCCUUCCCUGCCUCAGCUUCAGGAUGGCACCAGCUCUCUGGGCCUGGGACAGUGCUGGCAUCCCUGAAGGGGCCCCAGCAACCAGGCCUGGCCUCCUGGUGCCUGCAGCCUUGUGGCCACAACGCUGCCCUUGAGCAGGGGCUCUGUGGCUAACCCUGAGGCAGUGGUGCUGCCAGGCCUGUCCUGGCUCUCUAGAGUGUGCUGGGAGGUCACCAGGGCCCUUUUCUCUUCCUGUGCCCUCUGGAAGCCAAGUGUCUAUGGCUCGGAGCCUGAGGGUCCGUGAAUAAAGGCGGGUGGCACUGGGAUCGGCCUCGUGGCGGUCUGUCAGGCCCCUGACCCACAGCCCACAGCGUGCUAGAAUUCCCAGGCCUGGUGCUGAUUCUGAGCCCAGCACUUCGGUGUGCACCCCUGGACCUGUAGUGGGUGUUUCCUGGGGGAGGGCCAGAGCUGCUCAGGCUAAUUGCUGUCCUUGAAGGGCUGCAGAGACCCCCCACAAUCCCCUCCCCUUCUGCACCCACUUUCUGUGGCAUGAGCUGUGCACCCUGGGGGAGUUGGCUCUUCCACCAUCCAAAUAUGGGGGUGGCUGCUGGGCUCCAGGAGAGACCCAAUUGUACUUGACCUUCAG